GGCCACAAAACACAAACACAAUAGCGCGUGAGGGGGAAUGAUAUGAAACACAGCCGCAGUGACGCAAAAACGCCCAUUCUGUGACGUUGCGAGUCCCAACUAACUCCUCUUCAGGCAAGAACACCAGAAGUGUUGCAUUGAUCAAUGGUUCCUCCUGAGUGCGUGUUGCGGCUGUGAUGGUCCAGCAUGGACUUCACGGGAGGGGGCGGACAGCACCUCGGUGGACAGCACCUCGGACAACACCUGGGCCAACACCUCGAUUAUGGGCAUGGCCUCAGCCAACAGCUCGGGCAGCUCAGCCUCGAUCAUUCCUCGCGGCCUCCGUUGUGCCCUUCUGCGGGAGCAAGGACGUCCUUCGGGGGCGAGGUCCUCCCCCGUGACACAGGGUGCGCUUCCGACGUCUCCUUCGGCAGGAGCUUUUCACCCGCGGCCUUCCAAUCUGCAACGUCUCAGUUGCAUGAGACUCACAGCCAGUUGCAGCAGCCCUAUUUGCAGCAAAGAGAGCAGGUGAGUUACAGCUCUUCUCCUCUGAGCUCGACCAACCCCAGUCUCCUAGGUGGGAGUCCAGUGCCAGCCCAGCACCAGUUGUCCCCUAGUAAUCUGGGCACAUUGGGCCUGCAGUCUCCCCGUCUUACUCCCAUCCAGUCCCAGACGUCCUCCCCCAUCAGGUCCUCACUGGGCACUGCACAGCUCAGUUCUUCCUCUAUGACAGCAGGCCUUCAGAAGGAUACCUUGGCACCAGACACACAUGGGUUUGUUGGCCACAUGGGGGGCUCUCACUCACCAGUACACUCACAGUUGGGGCGAGCGCAGCUGGCAUCCAGUCUGCCCACAUCCUUACAGCCACGACCCUUCCAGCCACAGCAUACACCCCAGAACCGCUUGAGUGGAGCCCAGUUAGGGUCAAGCUGGGGCAGUGUUGACAGCCAGAGUGCAAGUUUUCAGGUUCCCCUCCAGCCCGGCUCAAAUGAUAACAGUCAAGGCAGUGCUCUCGGGUAUUCCAGUUUAGGUACAUACAACACCCAGGUUGUGAAUGGCCAGAUGGCAACAGGAAUGCACUUGCAACAGGACAUGCAGUAUCAGAACCAGCUGCAGUUUGACAGUAUGGGUUUCAUGUCAAUGCAAUCACAGCAAAUGCAGUAUGGUAAUUUCUCACAGAUGCAACAGACUUUUCCUCAAGAAACAAAUGGCUUCCAAUAUAAUGUUGACUAUAUUGACAGUACAGAUCCAAAUGCCUAUCAGGAUUAUUACUAUGACUAUCAGUAUAAUAGUUAUAAUGGGUCAAUGGACAGUCUCGAUCCAAAUUACUUAGGGACACCAGUGGGUCGAGCUCCAACCCCAUAUGGGGAUGAAACUGUAGAUGACCUUGGACCCGAGGAAGUGCGAUGGUUCUACAAGAUCGAAGCAGAUAAGAAGUGGACACCCUUUAUUGGUUAUGAUUCUCUUCGCAUUGAGUGGAAGUACAGGGACCUUAUGCAAGACACAAACUCUGGGGGAUCAAAUGGCUCUCCUUAUGGAAAUACGGAGAAUGAGCAGCAAUCACCAAAGGAAACUCAGGAGAAAUCACAAGUUAUUGAGAGGAUUGUUGUACGAGGAGGCUUGUAUGAGGUGGACGUGAGACAUAGGAGAUGUGAAAGUAUUUAUUGGAAAGGUGAAGUAUUCAUGAUCUGUCGUGGCACGUGGUUUUAUGAGGGUGCAUGGGGCCCUGUUGAUGAAAUGCUUGCAGACCGAAUAGAAAUGGAACAUUUAACACACUUCAGAGGGCAUCUGCUGACAUCGCAACGUGUAGAUGAUACAACGAAAGAAAUUGUACAUUCCUUAUCACUGCCUGAGGGUCAAGUAGACUGGUUUAGUGCCUCAGAGGUGUACCUCUCGUCUGAUGCGACGCCAUCCAGGUUAAUGAGAUCUGUUGGCAAGAAACUAGGCUUCCAAAAGACUGGCUACAAGCUGCACAGAGGCUACAGUAUUGAUGCCACAGCCAGCGAUAAACCUCCUGAUAUCAACCAUAUUGUUUUUGUUAUCCAUGGUAUUGGGCAGAAGAUGGAGAUGGGCAGGAUUAUCAAGAACUGCACAGCUUUGCGAGAGAACAUCCAGCACCUGAAGCAAAAGUACUUCCCCUCUAUUGCCAAGAGCAACCAGACAGUUGAAUUCUUCCCUGUGGAGUGGCGCUCCUCUCUCGUCCUAGAUGCUGGGGUGAUAGAGUCCAUUACACCCCACAAGAUUCUCAACAUUCGGCAAAUGCUCAAUGCGUCGUUUAUGGAUAUCAUGUACUACAACAGUCCCCUCUACAGGGAGGAAGUGAUCAAUGGUUUGACGGGUGAGAUGAACCGCCUGUACACCAUGUUCACACAGCGCAACCCUUACUUUGAGGCCAAUGGAGGGAAGGUUUCCAUUGUGGCCCAUUCUCUAGGAUGUGUCAUCACCUAUGACAUUGUUAUUGGAUGGAACCCUGCUCAACAGUUUGAUCAACAGCUUAUACAGUCUCUGAUGCACCUCAUAGAGAAGAAAGAAGGCCUGGCACCAGAAGAUCAAAACAAACUGAAGCAAGACCUGCAGGACUUGCUCACUAAGCAUGAGAGUAAGCCCUUACAGCCCUCCCUCAACUUCAAGAUUGAGAACUUCUUCUGCCUAGGGUCGCCCCUGGCUGUGUUCCUUGCCUUGCGCACAAAACAGACAGAUGGUACACCACCUGAUAUCAUCCCCCAGAAACUGUGUAAACGGCUCCUCAACAUCUUCCAUCCUGCGGACCCUGUGGCCUAUAGAAUCGAGCCUCUCUUGUGCCAGCAAUAUUCAAGCAUUGCACCAGUGGUAAUCCACUCAUACAACGCUGCUGAGAAGAUUCCUUACUGUGACCUCCCCCUUGAACCAAUCAUCGUUCCCAAGGACAAGGACAGAGACCGAGAUGCAGUCGAUCGAAAUGACUCGGGGAAUAACACACCUGUCUCCUCUGUACCGAGCACACCUAGUAAAGGUGCAGCCAGUACAUGGAGCUGGUGGGGUCUUGUAAAAGGGUCGAAGAAGCCUGACUCAGCUAGCCAGGACACCAGCUUAGCCUUACAGGAUGUGAGAGGGCUGGCGGAUCGCAUUGACUUUGUGCUGCGGGAGGGGAGCAUGGAGAGCAGCUACAUCUCGGCCAUCACAUCACAUACCUCGUACUGGAGCAACUACGAUGUGUCGCACUUCUUGCUGAACAUCCUGUACCCUGACAUCCAGCCAACCUCCAGUAAGCCCGAGGUCAUCAAGCCUUAAAUGAAUCUCCUUACACUGAUCCCUCUGUCAGUCAGUUGCUCUAAUGCCUAGUGCAGUUUUGACUGUGAGAUGGAAGUUAGCCAGUUUUUGCACGACAGCGGGCAUGAGUUACAAAAGAUCAUAAUCAGUGGUGAUUUGCAUCUAGCCUAGGUAUGGCGAGUUUUUAAUUUUUUUAAGUGUAUAUUUGUUGGUGUUGUUUUUUUGUAAUGGGCAUUAGUCAGCGAUCUGUGCAGAUGAAUGACUAUGUGUAAGAAAUUGCCUUCCUGUGAAAUAAGCUAUGGUAAGUGAGGAUGGAGAUCUGCGCAGAUCGGAAACAGUGGGAAGACUGCGAUUUUUCUGCCAAAGGGAUGCCUUGCAGAGCCAGUGGGAGCAUGAGCUGAAGGUGCAUGGGGUGGGUGGCACUGGUGCCUACAGCAUGUGCAGCUGAAAGUCCUUAGCAUAUUGUACUGGAUAUCAGGGUCUUUUUUGCAAAGUUGUAUUUGGCAUCUUAGGCUGACAACUACAGAUGAUGAGUACAUUUUAAAUAGCUUUUACAAGCAGACAGAGUGAGAUGAAAUUAAAUUUUUUUAUAUAUAUAUGUUAAGACUGUGAUACAGUAAACCCUCACCAUAGGCACAGAAAGGCAAGAUUGGUGAAAUAGGAUUUAGGUGAAGCUACUACUUUUGCCACUGUGAUUUUGAUUCUAUUGAUAUUAAUUACUUCAUCAGGAUAUCGAUAGAAGCACAACAGAGAUAGCUUAUUUGAUGAUAAGCAACUUCUAUGAAUAAUUCAGCUUUGAUCUGGUUUAUAUGCAAAAAUAUUCAAAUGUUGAGUUUAUUGUGUGUGAUAAGCCUUAAAAAGAUUGGACAUCAAGUAUGUUAUUUAUAAUUUUGGGAUAAGAUUGAAAUAUGAAGGAUGCAGAUGCAUGUAUGAAAAUACUUAACUGGGUCUUUCUGCUAUAUUUUGAUUUUUUUAAAGCAGGCAAAGAAGAUACAAACUUCCAUUAUAUGCAGACACUUUUUCUCUCAAUAUUUUCCAAAUCAUAUUGAAACUCAUAAAUGUGAUAUUGGUAGCCUGUUCUAUAAAUUGUAUUUAAAAUACAAAAAAAAACAACAAAGAACAGAACAUAUGUAACCCCUAAAAAAGUAUAUUAUUAAAAAAAAGUGUUGUAUGGAAUGUAGAAAGAAAAAAGAGAUAGGACUGUCAAUCUAUUAUAAGGAGAGUAAAGCAAAGCUAUAUUGAUUACUGAUUUUGUAGUAUAGUAAGACACUAUAUUCUGAUGCUAUUGUGAGGGUUAUUGUAUUGUAUAUGGACUAGCCAGUGACAUGCCUGCAUUUCUAAGAGUUGUGUAUAUGUUGAAGUGUUAUUAUAUACUGUUUAAUGAUCUUAUGGUUUACUGUCUUACUUUAUGAUAGUAUCACAGAUUAACAAAACACUGUCUUCUUUUCUAUCUUUUUUUUAUCUUUUGAAGUUCCUUUGCUGAAUGUAUGAGGCAAAGCAUCAAAGUUUUUUGGUAAAGUAAGAGAGGAUACAUUUUAGCUUUUAGGACAUAACUGACAAAGCUGAAUGAACUCUUUCAUUCUUUCUCUUGCAGCUAAAUUUCAUCAAAUGGUAUGCUAAUGUGUGAUGAGGGAGAGACCGGCUCAGUGUAAUAGGGAAGUCUGUUUCGCUUUGAGUACUUAAGGGUGAAAGUCCCAUCAAGUGUUACAGUGACAGGGAGUAAUGAUCAUGACUAUGGGAUCAGUGAUACACUCUCUGCCAUUGCAAACUGAGAGAAGUGUUAACAUUAUGUGUUAAUGAUGGUAGACCCUUGAACUGAUAGUCUCUGGUCAGUCUGUUUGGUAGUGAAUUCCUUACAUUUCUGAUUUAAGUUGAAGAUAUGUGUGUGUGUGUGUGUGUGUGUGUGUGUGUGUGUGUGUGUGUGUGUGUGCGUGACAUGGAUAUGAGUGCUUGAGUGUAUACACAUGUAUGUCCAUGAGUUUCAUGUGUUUGUACACAUGGCUAAAAAAGUUAAUGUGCAAAACUUACUGACUUUUUAGGAAUUUUUUUUUUUAAGGGAAUAGACAAUAAUACUGUGUUACUGAACCAGAUAUCAAAGAAAUACAAAAUACCAGUAAUUUUAAAAUGGUUUCAUUUGAUGUAUUAUGAUAUAAGAAAAUAGUUAAGGGAAUGAAAACUUACUCUUUCAACGGAUGCAUAUGAUUGCUCCAUGACAUUUCAUAGUUCAUUCCUUACAAAAAAUCUCAUAUUAUUGAUAUCCUAAUACACAAGUUACAUAGACUAAAUAUUGCAGUUUUAAUUUUAUUAAUAAUGCACAAUAAAAUAGAAUGCUUAUUAGAACUCAGACCAAUAUGAAAUAUGCAAUACUUGACCUCUGUUAGGUAAUUAAUUAUCUUCCAUAGCAAUAAUUGAAUGUUUCAUGAUAUUUCAUACAUACUCAUCCAAAAUCAGUAGAGUGGUCAGUUAGUCAAUUCAGAUUGAUAGUUUUAUCAAAUAUUUAUGACUGAUAGCUCAAGCAUUAAUGGAGUAAUAUAUACUAAUAUUAUUUUCAUAAGAUACUUCCCUUCAUAAAGUGUUUAGGAAAAUAUGCCGUGAAGUAAGGUUGCAAGGUACUAUGUUUCUGAGUGAAAGUUAUUGUAUUUUACACAUUCACUUUUUUUUAUAACUGUACAUACAUCUGUGUGUGCGUGUGUGUUUGUGUUGUGUUUGUGUGUGUCUGUGUGAGUGUGUGUGAGUGUGUGUGUGUGUGUGUGUGUGUGUGUGUGUGUGUGUGUGUGUGUGUGUGUGUGUGUGUGUGUGUGUGUGUGUGUGUGUGUGCAGGCACACACGCACACAUGCGCUCAUAAUUGGGCAUAGCCAGGAUUUUAGAUAGGAGAGGCAUGUAUGGUUGAAAAUGGAUUUGGCAAGAAUAUCUUUCAAACAGAGAAGGUCUGUGAUUUUCUCUCUUGUACCCUGUGUGACUGAACUGUUUAUCUUUGUGUUGCCAGUAACUCAUAUAAGUCAGUGGUGAACUCUUAAGGUGGCCCAUGCCUCCAUUACCCCUCCUGGCUAUGCCACUACUCAUGUUAUCUUUAUGAAUGUAUGGAUGUUCGAAGUUGAUUUUUUAGACAUUAUUUUGACCAUGCAUACAGUAUGUAGUAAACCAACUUUUGUGUAUGCAGUUUGAGUAACUAAAGUUGUACACAAGCUGCAGUUCCUAUAAGACAGAGGAAUCAUUUUUAUUAGUAUUAUCCUUUAAUCUUUUGUAAAUUGAAAAGAAGUACAAUUUGUCAAGAUUGGUAAUGACAUGUAGUUUUCUAGGGAUCAUCUAGUCAUUAUUAUGUAUAUAGAAGUAGUUUUAUGACACUAGCACUAAAAUUGUGAAGGACUUGUAAAUGAUUCGACAGUGUUCUUAAGGUGACCUGUCUCAGGUAUUGAGAUAAGUAUCAGUAUUUCAAAGGCAGAAACAGACAAACAAACAAAAGCAACAAAAUUCUUAAUUCACUGAUGCAUUCUGAUGUAUAUACAGAUUUUCUUUUUCUGUUUGUUUUCUUUUUUCACCCAUAGCAUUAACAUAUCAUUUAUAGAAAAGUAAAUACAGUAAUAUCAAGUAAUUUAACCCUUAGAUUUUGGAUUCAGCUUUUAGUUCCCACCUGCCUUGAGUUGUAAGAAAGUCACACAGGAGUCACUCACUGAUUUGCCACUCACAGCCUCCUUUGUGUGGUACCCACUGAGUGCUUGAAAACCCAUGUCAAUUUCCCUUAACCCCCAGUUGUGGUCACGGUGAUACUUCAAAGAGCUCACAUAGUUCGCUAGAUGUUCUUAGCUUACAUUAACUUUUACUGGUAAAGGAGUCCCAUAGCCUGAUAUGCUCAGCAUGGGGCUGACACUAGUCUGUGAUAUGCUCGAAGCCUCCCUCUGGUCCCUUAGCUACAGUCCACGGUUGUUAAUCCUGCCGAGUCUCUCUGCUAAAGCUCAGUCCGCAGCAAAGGAAUUAUGGAGAAAACGAAUAAUUUAAUAGCCUAAUAAAUAGGUGAAAGGAGUAAGAUAUGAAAAGACAUAUAUUUUCUUUUGGCUUUUAUUUGAAAAAAACAUCUAAAUACUAUUGCUAGUAUUGACUAUGUUUGAGUUUGGACAAGAAGAAAACACUUCAAAAAUUAUAUGCAUAUAUAUUUAUGUCAUGAAUAAUGAAAAUGAUAUAGAUGGAUUACUGAUGGUUGACUGUGCUUAGUGAAUAGCAAUUAUUUAUACAGGAAGAAAGAAAAUGUCAUACUUAUAAGAUACUAAGCAAAUAAUGAAAGAAAGAAGUACAUUUUUGGGGGGAAAGAAGCAAAAGAAAAAACACAAAAUAAAGAAACAAAAAUUGUACUACAAUCAUGAGAAUUUGCAAAUCCAAAAGCAAGGAGAGAAAAAUUGGGAAGUCAGGGAAAAACUGUGUGAACUUUCAAGAGCAAAAUAAAGAGUCAGACAAAGUCACUUCAAUCUGCCCUCAAGGUUGUGAUAUAUCAGAUUAGGUUGUGCAUAUGCAAGUUGCUGUGGUUAGACUGCAAGAAAAAGAAAAAAAUGAAGAUAAUCUGUAUUAAUGUUUAUAUAAUACUUUUAUGCAUGUUUAGGUUAGUUUCCUGUCUAUGGCUCACAAACCUUUAUCUAUACACAGGGAGGUUGGGCUUUAAUGUUAAUUUGAGAUCUAGAUAAUGUAUCUUUGCCUCAAGGAAAUUAAGGUUAAGAAGUGCUAUAUGGAUGCAUUUACUUUUAAGGUAUAUUAGAUCUCAA